AUGGGAACAACAGGGCAGAAGGUGAGGAGUGAGGGGGAAGGGAUGGGGAAGGGAAGGUUUGAGAAGGGAUGGGGAAGGGAAGGUUUGAGAAGGGAUGGGGAAGGGAAGGACAGGGCAGGGAGGGAAAGGCAGGGAUGGGGAGGGCGGGUGGGUGGAGUCUGGGGGAGAGGGCAGGUAAUAUGUUAUGAGGAUGGUGGGGGAGGAGGUGAUUUGCAUGAGAAAGGAUGGGAAGGAAUGAGAGAGGGUGGGAAGAAAUCCGUUAGGGUGGCAACGAAUGAGGGAUGGGGGGAAGCAGGGAACGGGAUGGGGGAAAGCAGGGAAGGGGAUGGGGGGAAGCAGAGAAGGGGAUGGGGGGAAGCAGGGAAGGGGAUACGGGGAAACAGGGUAGGGAAUGGGGGGAAGCAGGGAACGGGAUGGGGGGAAGCAGAGAAGGGGAUGGGGGGAAGCAGGGAACGGGAUGGGGGGGAAGCAGAGAAGGGGAUGGGGGGAAGCAGGGAAGGGGAUACGGGGAAACAGGGUAGGGAAUGGGGGGAAGCAGGGAACGGGAUGGGGGGAAGCAGAGAAGGGGAUGGGGGGAAGCAGGGAACGGGAUGGGGGAAAGCAGAGAAGGGGAUGGGGGGAAGCAGGGAACGGGAUGGGGGGGAAGCAGAGAAGGGGAUGGGGGGGGGGGAAGCAGGGAAGGGGAUACGGGGAAACAGGGUAGGGAAUGGGGGGAAGCAGGGAACGGGAUGGGGGGAAGCAGAGAAGGGGAUGGGGGGAAGCAGGGAACGGGAUGGGGGGAAGCAGAGAAGGGGAUGGGGGGAAGCAGGGAAGGGGAUACGGGGAAACAGGGUAGGGAAUGGGGGGAAGCAGGGAACGGGAUGGGGGGAAGCAGAGAAGGGGAUGGGGGGAAGCAGGGAACUGGAUGGGGGGAAGCAGAGAAGGGGAUGGGGGGAAGCAGGGAAGGGGAUACGGGGAAACAGGGUAGGGAAUGGGGGGAAGCAGGGAACGGGAUGGGGGGAAGCAGAGAAGGGGAUGGGGGGAAGCAGGGAACGGGAUGGGAAGGGGAUUGGGGGAAGCUGGGAAGGGAGGGAUGGCGAGGGCAACGUGGAGUGGAUGGGAGGGCGAGAGAGACGGAGAUUGCGAGGGGACGAGCGGGAAGAUGGGCGACGAGGCGAAGGGGGGCAACGAGCGGAAGGGAGCGCGACGAGGGGAAGGAAGGGCGGCGGGCGGAAGGGAGCGCGACGAGGGGAAGGAAGGGCGGCGGGCGGAAGGGAGCGCGACGAGGGGAAGAAAGGGCGGCGGGCGAAAGGGAGUGUGACGGGCGGAAGGGAGUGCGACGGGCGGAUAGGAGGGCGACGGGCGGAAGGGAGGGCGACGAGCGGAGGGAGGGCGACGGGCGGAAGGGAGGGCGGCGAAUGGAAGGGAGAGUCAGGCUGA